GCACACACAUUCAUGCAACCCUUUCUCGCCGUUUAAGGAUUCAAUCCCGAUUAGUGUUGAUAGGGAUUUCGACACGCCCCUCACUGACUGAACACGAUUAAACUUUGAACUUCAACGAGCGGAACAAACCAACAGCGUUAACUACAUUUAGCCUAACACCGCCACUUGUGUUAGAAACUUGUGUUCGUCUUUUCCUCAUCUCUUUUCAAAAUGACAGAAGAAAUUUAUAAAACCUAUCUUAUUGCAUAUAACUGCAAUAUGAUCAUGGGGUGGUCAUCAAUACUUUUUAUGAUGAUUGGACAUAUAGCUGGAAUUUCAUCCACUAAGGGACUGUACACAUCUUUGGGCCCAAUGGUAAAGAUCUUUCAAACAGGAGCUGUCCUUGAGGUUUUGCAUGUGGCAAUUGGAAUUGUAAAAUCCAACUUAAGGAUGACGUUUUUCCAGGUCUUCUCUCGUCUCUUUGUUGUGUGGGGCAUAAUGCAACAUGUCCCAGAGGCCCAAGAAAAUGUUGGUGUCGUGAUGUUCCUGGUUGCCUGGGUUAUUACCGAGAUCAUCCGUUACACCUAUUACUUCUGUAUGCUGUUAAGUAUGGUGCCCUACUAUUUGAUGUGGGCCAGAUAUUCCUUAUUCGUUGGACUCUAUCCUUUAGGAGUCACUGGUGAACUGUUGUGCAUGUUCCGGAGCCUUCCCUACAUUAGUGCCAGAAACACUCUGUCGCUCUCCUUGCCGAACCGUCUGAAUGUCUCCUUCAGUUUUUACUAUUUUCUCAUUGCCGUCAUGUUGAGUUACAUUCCAAUUUUCCCUCAACUCUUCGGCCGCAUGUUGUCUCAGAGAAAGAGAGUUCUUGCCAUGAUGGCCAGGAAACGUGCAGAGAUGGCCAGCAAGAAGGAAUAAAAAAAAAAACAACAUAAUUCUACAGCAGCAUUGAUAAAAUGGCAUUUGAUGCAAUAUUUUGUCGAAAUCUAAACUGAUCUGAGAACUGUGUUCUCGUCAGACUGGAGGUUGAUGUCAUGUGACAAAAGCACAAGCGUCACCUUUUCCAUUAUCAUAACAUAAUAAGCACCCAAACAAAUGCGCACAGCUCAUCUUUCACAUAACAUCUACACUCACAAACACAUACACACACAAGCAACUCAGUCACACACACACACACUCUUCAAUCGUCAUCAAACACUAAUGCGUGUGUUCAGCAAAACACAGCCUAUACACACACACACUCAGAUUCUAUACUGCAUUCACCUUACACAUUCACAAAUUCAAACCCACACAUACGCAUCAACUAGUGUCUUCCUCCUAUGCUUUCAACACAACAGUUUGCUGUGUUGGACAACCAACAGAAAAAUCUCUCUGGUGACCUUGUAUGUGUGGAUUCACUGUGUGUGAAUAAGUAUAAUCACCCAUUGAUGGAUAGAUCGUUUGAUUAGUCAAGUAAUUGUUUUGACACACUUCAACGAGGUAAUUAUUAAAUAACAAAAACAAGAGAGUGCAGUGUGUGGUGUUAUACUUGGAUGUUAAUCUGGUGAUGUAGGUUCAAACUUGACCUAGUUUUCCUGAAUUAUUGUUUAAUUUUCUCGUUAAUUUAUUUAAUAAUUAAAGUGUUUGGUCUAUUUCUCAAUCAAUAAACAAUUAAUUUAUAAUAA